ACAGCUGUGUUUCGUACAGUCAGUGCUGAACUGUUAUGAUGUGUCAAUAAGUUAUAAAGGUGGACGGCACCAAUGAUGAGAGCCCCCCCCCGGUACUCGAGCAGGAUAUUAGAGGUCAUCGUCAUUGCAUGACAAAGGCUGUGGCAGAUUCAUCUUCAUCACUCAUACAGCAUUUCCAUAGCUUUUUCGUCAGCACGGUAGUACCAUGAAGGGUGGAGGCAGAGGUAAGGAGCCACCUGUUGCAGGGGAGGUCACUGGCAAGCGCCCCAAACGCAAGUGCCUGCAGUGGCACCCACUCCUGUCCAAAAAGGCUCUGGAUUUCUCUGAGGAGGAGGAAGAGGAGGAUGAAGAGGAGCUGGAGAAGCAGCCAGAGCUGUGUGGCCAGGACCAGGGCUUGCAGCAGGUGCAGUGUGGAAGCACAACGGAGGAAGCGGAGGAGGACUCGAAUGAGCAGCGCGCGCGGCGGCCAAUGAAUGCCUUUCUCCUCUUCUGCAAGCGCCAUCGUUCCCUGGUGCGGCAGGAACAUCCUCGCCUGGAUAACCGCGGGGCCACCAAGAUCCUGGCUGACUGGUGGGCGGUGCUGGAGCCCAAAGAGAAGCAGAAGUACACGGACAUGGCCAAGGAGUACAAGGAUGCCUUUAUGAAGGCCAACCCGGGCUACAAGUGGUGUCCCACCACCAGCAAGCCGCUGAAGAGCCCCUCCUGUCAGCCUGUCAGCAGCAGCCCCCGCAAAAAAGUUUGGUCCUUCUCUUCCAACUCCACCAAGGACUCCACCACUGCCAAAAAAGUGCCCAAAACAGACAGCAUGCCACAGUUAAACUUUGCCAUGGCAGACCCUACAAAGAUGGGAGGCCUUAGCAUGCUGCUGUUAGCUGGGGAACAUGCCCUCACAAACAGAGAGAUCCCUUCCAGCACUAAACCUAGUUUACCUGACACAGCCAGUGAAGGGAACUCCUUUCCAGGGGACGAGGAAGAGAUGUUGUCUGGGACAAUACCGAACCGAGUGCCUGACAUUACUGAGAGCAGGGUUAAGGCUGCCCCUUCCCCACAGGCAGAGUCAUCUCUCUCUGCGGCACCUGAAGGAAAACCAUGCAGGCAGUCCGCUCUCUUCCAGCUGGCUGAGAUGUGCUUAGCGUCUGAAGCUGGAAAGAUGGAGCCAGUGGAAUGUGAGCCUGAGGACAGCUGCCCUACAGCCUCUCUCCAGCAAACCAGCGGCAGGCCAGAGGGCAAGGAGCAGGCAGCCGACAGGGACGACUGUCCUCCCUCGCCCCACACAUCAGCCCUCGUACCUUCGCUCUCCUCUGUCACGUCUACCUCCACCGAUGCCAUCCAGCCACAACUCAGCAGCCAAAACACACGUGUCAAAAACAAGAGCAAGAAAAAAGAGGGGGCCAAGUCGAAUGAUAACGACGAGAUCCCUUGCUCGGCAAAGAAGAUCAUCAAGAAGUGCAGCAAUGCAGAAUCAAACGUGGACAGUGUCUUCAGUACAAUUGAGGCAGUGGCCAAAGGAGCCUGGAAGGACACGGAGGAGAAGCCCAAGAAGAAGAUCCAGAGCAGUCUGAGUGCUGGGAACUCUGGUGGGCCCAAAAAGAAGAGUAAGCCCAGAGUCAAGACCCCUGUCAAAGAAAGAGAGGAGGAGAUGGAGGAGGACAGCGGGCAGUGUGGGCAGUACAGUUCCUCUGAGGUGGAAAUGAAGGAAGAGAUGGCUGACGCCAGUCCCAAGGCUGAAGCGGAAGAAGCCAGUAUAGGAAGCUCGGAGCUUCAGGGCAGCGCGGCGGAAGCCCACCAGUCCCCCGGCAGCUCCUCGCCUGCCAAGCUCAAAGAGGAAGACAAGGGGAAGGAGCGGUCGAGUGACGGGACCUGUGACUCAAACCCAGAGAACCACGGCUCCAGGAAGUCCGAGCGGAGCUGUAAAGGCGCCUUGUAUAAAACCCUGGUUUCUGAGGGAAUGCUGACUUCACUGAGGGCCAAUAUUGACCGAGGGAAGAGAGGUGCUUUCCGUGGUUCAGAUCAUGAUGCAAACUGGAGUGACGACAGCUGGACAGUUUCUCAGAUAGGACCUAACAACCCCAAGAAGCUGAAAAAGUCCAAGUCCAAAGAUGAAUCUUCACAGGGCCUCGGGAAACUGGAGGAGGAGUUUGAAAGGAAGUUUAACAGUCUGCCACAGUAUAGCCCGAUGACAUUUGAUAAGAAGGGGACUACUGUCGCAAAGAAGAAGAAGACUGACAGCCCCGUUGUCCCAGAGGAAGUCUCUAAAGCAGGGAAAGGGCCAUCUCCAUCUCAGAAAAAGACUUCAUUCCACAAGAUUGUUAGGAAGCACAAACACAAAAAGGAGAAACCAGGUGCAGUGGACAAAGUGGUACAGAGUGAUUCCAGCAUGCUGGAUUCAGCUUCAAAAGCCAAAUCAUGUGCCCCCGUUGCCAUAACGUGCCCUGAUGUCCAGGGCCCCGCUAGCAUGGAGAUGCUAGUUGGUAGCCAGAAGAGGAAGGCUAGGAAGACCAAGAUCACACACUUGGUGCGCACAGCUGAUGGCAGCGUGUCUCCAGCCGAGGAGGACAAAACUAGGGACCUGAACCAGGAAGAGGAUAAGAAGCCAUUACCCCAGAAUUUAUGCAAUGAUAAAGGGUGCUACAGUCAUCCCAGAGGAGCAGAGGAGGCAGAGAGGAGCACCGGACCCCCGGAGCUGCCUGCGUUCUUCAGCCUGGCAGCCCUCGCUGAGGUCGCAGCCAUGGAAAACGUUCACAGAGGCCAGAGAGGCUUGGCUGAGAAUCAGAAGAAAGAGCUUGGCCAGACCCCAGUCCUCAUCUCCUGCGCUGACCAGUGAAACUCUGCUGCUGUUUUGAGAAGCCACAACAUGGACAUUGGCAGUGGAGCUGUACUUUCCUCAGUGGUAACCCUACGCUGAAGGGAGACUUGAUCAGGAAGCUUUGGACUGACUCCACCUUACCCGUGUGGUGAAAUUAGCUUGAGCUCGGGUUCACGGUGGGGGAAAGAGAGCCUCUCCUCCUCCCUGUUCCUCGCUAUCUCAGUGUUUUCCCCAAAAGCCUUCCUUUGGUUUGAGGGAGGAUGCCUUUCUGAACUCCUCUCCCCCUCCUUAGAUGCUCUGUUUGGGCCUGUGGAAGAACCACGCUGUUCCCAGUGCAUGGCUUCCCUUAUAGAGAUGGUUGUCAUGGGUUUAUUGUACACUGUUUUGUCAAAUAGAGGCCACUUUUAAGGUCAAGUCUUGCGAUUUAAA